GAGCGUGUGAAAUUGGAUGAAGAUUUGAUUGAGACCAAAAUAGCAAAAUUUCAUAUGAAUCUCAAAUCAAACCUCAAUCAUAAGAAUUAUGUAGAUUUGGUUUAGUUUUGUUAACCUAAAUAAAUCUCUUAUAAGUACAUGACUCUCAAAGGCGACACGAAAAAAAAAAAGAAAAUAAGGAUUGGAGGCAAAAAAAAAUCGCAACUCAGAACCCCUAUACAAAGCAAGAAAAUCGUGAAAGGGAAGGAGGCAGAAGACAAUCGAUUCAAGCGAAAUAGAGCAUCCCGAUUGACUCCUUGGUACUUUCUGAGCAUAAAUCGACCUUCACCAUCGACCAAAAUACCCAGAAACGAUGAAGAAUUCACCAUGUUUAUGGUUCUUGGACUGAGAAUUGGGAAUUCUGAUUACAGGUAGAAUUAGCCCAAAUUAGGGAUGCUAUUGAACUUAGGAAGCGAUUUCCGAUUGAUCGAUGGUCGUAUUUGGAAUUUAUGUAUGGUAUUCUGUUGAGUUUGUUAUAUGCAGGGCUAUGGCUACCCACGAAAACCGUGGGCAAAACUGUAUGUAUUUGCAGGGCAUAAACGAAGAAGAAGACCCCUGGAUGGCGCGCGUUUUUUAAUUUUCCAGCAACUGUUUUAUUUUAUUUUAUGUUGUUUAACGCAGAAUGGAUUGACAACAAAUGAUCAUUGGCUUGUUGGUGAAGAGAAGCGCGUUGGUGUAAUACGGAGGGGGUUCGAUCUUUGCUCCCCACACUAUUUUGUUGAAUUUCUCUGAUUUCUCACAUUCGUAGAUCCUAUGUAUGCAAUUAAGGCGCGCCUACGGUGUUCCCUAAUCUCUGGCCAUCAGAUGUGUGCCCUAUCAGAUCUCACGCACAUCAGAAUCGCACCUCUACCAUAUACCCUCAGUCAUGCGCAGCAUAGAAUCCAAGCUGAGUUCCUUUUAAUUUUUAUAUACAACUUAUCUAUUUUUAUUACUUUAUACUAUUUAUAUGUUGUUUCUUUUAACAUCCUUUUAAUUAUCUUUUUCUUCACGAAGUUUUAUUCUUAAUUUCUUUUUCUUUUUUUCAUAAAAAAUAUUAAAAUAAAAAAUAUUUAUUUUAAUUAUUGUUAAUAUUUCUAUUGGAUUUUAAUUGAUUUACUUUGUUUGAAUUACUUAAUUAAUUAUAAAUAUUUUUGUUGAUUUGAUAAAAAUAUGUAUUGGGGUUAGAAUAUUUAAUCGAAACUCUAUUUUCACCAAUUUAAUUAAUUAGGUUAAAAAAACCAAUAAUUAAUUAAUCUGAUCUUAUUUAUUCUAUUAGCCAUGGUUAACUCGUACCCUAAUUAGGGUUUACGAUGAUCAUUCCAUACACUGAAAUAUUUGUUUCUUCGUGUCUUUUUUCGGGUUAUUCUUCAAAUACACUCCGACUACGCGCCACGUCAAAUGCAAAGCUAAGUUCUAAUUUCUUCUUAUUUAAUAUUUUUCGCCUAUUAUUUUGUUUUAAUUAGGGUUUGAUUGCCCCUGUCAAUGAAAUCCCUCUACACUCACUUCCUCUUAUUUCUCUGUUCAAUUAUCAGAUGGUCAGAGUCAAUGCUUCAAUCUACCUCCAAUUCUCAACCUUCAUCAAUCGAAGCUAAGUUUUCUUUUACCCUUUUUCCGUAAUGUUAUGUUUAUUUUUUAGGGUUAACCCUAGUUGCCUCAGAACAAAUAAUACACUCACUCUCUUCUGUUUAUUCUUUCCUUUUCAAUUUUCAGGGUUUGUUGACCGCCAAGGCUACGAGUGUUGGUAACCCUAAACCCUAACCUUAAAUAUUUUAUGCUUUAUUAUUACUUAUGUCAAACCCUAUUAAGGGAUCCGCUGGUUACAAUUUCCCUCCCCCGUAUUUGUGUGAUUAUAUUAUUUAAAUUGCGUGGUUAGUAAUUUAGGGAGUGCAAUCUUGAACUGAAUUAGAGCCAUUUAAUUAUAAGAUAAUAUAUUCCGAAUUGAAUCACGUGAUUGUUGCACACACGCACCCUUUUGGGGUAACCUCUCUGUUGCCUUGUUGCCUGUUGCAUGUUGCCUUUGUGUUUUUGCAGAAUAAGCUAUGUCCCUCGAAUUUGAGGAUACCUCAGCCAUGCUGCCUCGAUAAUUAAAGGUCAUACGACCCUAAAUGAUGCUGCCUUCAAUACACAAUAUGACCUUGACCCUCGGAAGUUGCCUACGGAAAAAGGCUGAGGUAUCUUCUGGCUGCCUACGAAAAUGGCUUAUUCUGAUCCUUGCCUUAGACUACCUGCCCUUCUAUGGCAUGGGACAGUCUUAUGGCAAAGGAUGCUUCGACGACCCUUCAACCUCCAAACGAAAGGCUUCCUGCCCUCUUAUGGCAAGGAUAGACUCUUUCAUUCUGAAAGGCUAAAAAGAGACCUAUCAUCUGAGUUUAAGUAAUUGCCCCUAAUUGCCUUGCAAUGCUCAAACUUUCAUUAUAUUCUUUCUCAUAAUUUUUCAAAAGGGCUACGCUCAUUUACGAGCUAAAGUCCCUAUCUCUUUCAUCUACAUUUUCUAAACAAACGAGCAAGCAAAGCAAUUAAGAGCCCAUGGAAAACCAUGGAUGCAAAGGGUGCCUUACACCUUCCCUUUGCAUAAAUUACCCCCCGAACUUAGAUUUCUUUAAAGGGUUUUUUUCUGUUUCUUUUAGCCUUUCCGAAUACUGUUUGGAUAAAAUAAAAGUCGGUGGCGACUCAUGCUUAACCGCGACAUUUCGAUCGAUAAAAAGUCAGUUCACCGUAUUACAGAACUGGCGACUCUGCUGGGGAUUAAAAUUCGAUAAAAGAGGGGUUACCUUAAAAGUUUAGGAAUCACUUAAAUGUUUUCUAUUGCUUGCUUUGCUUGUUUUAUUUUUCAGGGUUGUUUUGGGAAAAUUGAAGGACGAAUCCUAUUCCCGGAUUCAAGAACACUUAAGAUUAGGAGUGGCAUAGUCAUGGAGACCCCCCUUGUGCAUGCUUGGGGUUGGUCAAAAUGAAGUUCACACUUGAGUUAGGCCUCCACUGGUUGUUGUGUACCUCUUUUGCAUGAGAGAGGUUUAUGCAUGUAUCUUUGGGUGCGUCGGAGCUCAAGGACCUUUAGUCACCUUUAACCCAUCCUGACUUUUAGGAACGUAGUGGGAGGGCUAUUCUUGGUGCAUGCCAAGUUAUGGUCGCUACCCGAUACUACAGCUCAGAUAGGUUUCUUCCUAAAGUAUCAUUGCGUGGUAUGCAUUUACCAUGUUCGAGGGUGCUUUAGAGGGGGCUGACAAUUCUGAGUCACUUGGUAGAACCCGUUGCUGAAAUCUCCUUAUUCAUAGAAAUACCCUUGGGAAGGACACCUGAUCAGACUCCAUGCAAGCCUUAAGCCAAAAAUUGUGUGACUUGUGUGACUUGCGUGACUUGUGUGACCUGUUUAUGUUUGCUACUAACCUUCGUUCUUUGCAGGUUUUGUUAAAAGGACAUGUUUGCCCUUACCAUCUCACACUAUGCCUAACUAACUUUAUUCGCAUAACAUCAUGACAUCAUGACAUCAUAAGCAUAACAUGAUUAACUAACCCUUUCAAGGAUCUUAGGAAUUUAGGGCGCACAAUUUCAGGUGCUCUUAUCAAGGACUGAAUUCCUAUUUAGGGGCAAGAGGAUUUAUUUUCUUCUGGCCACAGACCUCCCAAUUCAAAGACUCAGUACUUAGCAAGGGGCAAGAGGAUUUAUUUUCCUCUAGCCACGUACCUUCAAAUUCAGAAGUAUCCCGAAUCAGGGACGAUGACCCACUCGAUAUGGUGAGCUUGAUUCUCGAAAAAGGACGUUCAAAGACAAAAUUCAGAUUUCCUCAGACAAAGACGCGACCAAAUCAUCUUCUAAUGUUGCUAACUAAAUUCCUAAAGAUCCUUGAAAAUAUUGCAUUUAGCAUUCAUAACAUCGCAUAAUAGGUUUCUGAUAAUAGAUCUCUCAUCCUGCCUCGCUGUUUAUUUCAGCAUCAUGAACCUUGAACAAUCUGUUAAGGAUCUCCAAGCUCAAAACACUGAGUUCCAAGCCUUGAUUCUGAAUUUGUCCAAGGGGCAAGAAGUGCUGAAAUCCAUGCUGACUAAAAAGAAGAAGAAGGGUAAGAAGACUCGGGUGAAAAAGCUUAGACCGACCUUGCAACUCAGGGAUGCUGAAACCUCUGAAGACAGUGAUGAGGAUGAGCAAGGUGAUGAUGCUAGUAUCAAAACCGAGGCAAAAAGUAACCAUGAUACUGCCAAGCCUUCUGAAGAAGAUGAAGACUAUCACCAUGAGGAUGAACAUCCUGACGACAAAUACAAGCUGCUUGAAGAACGUAUGAAAGCCGUAGAAAUUCAGAAGAUACCUGGACUGGAUUUUGAAGAAUUGGAACUCGUUCCUGGAGUCAUUAUUCCUCCGAAAUUCAAGACUCCCGCCUUUGCUAAAUAUGAUGGGAUUUCAUGUCCCAAGUUGCACUUGAGAUCGUAUGUAAGGAAGAUUCAACCUCAUACUGCUGAUAAGAAACUUUGGAUCCAUUUCUUUCAAGAGAGCUUGUCUGGAACUCAACUCGAAUGGUACUAUCAACUGGAAAGUACCAACAUCCAUACUUGGGAAGAUUUGGUUGUUGCCUUCUACAAGCAAUACCAAUAUAAUUCUGAUCUCGCACCAACUCGCAUGCAACUACAAAGCAUGUCUAUGGGACCCGAGGAAAGUUUCAAGGAGUAUGCUCAAAAAUGGAGAGAUCUAGCUGGAAGAGUCAAACCCUCCUUAGCUGACAGAGAAUUGGUCGAUAUGUUUAUGAGUACACUGACUGGUCCUUUCUAUAGUCAUUUGCUGGGAAGUUCAUCAUCUGGAUUCACUGAACUCAUACUGAUUGGGGAACGUGUCGAGAGUGGCAUUCGAAGUGGUAAGAUUCAAGUGGCUACAUCCUCAAGUACUACAAAGAAGCGUUUCAAUGGGAGGUCAGAUUCCAAUGCUGUGUAUGGGCAGAAAAGGAUAAACCAUGAUCAAUCUAUUGGGGCAAUUCUGAGCUCCACACCGGCGCCUCAACAUUUUUUAUUCUAGCAGAUAGCAUAUUACUUUAUAAAGACAUCCAACUAAGAAGAUGGGUCGGUAAUCUUCUAGGCCAAGCGGUAUGUUCUUCUUUGGAAUCAAGGUAAAGAAAGAUGAAGUUAUUGCUUUUGAUAGAACAGUAAAUUCAUGAAAAUUAUUGACGUAACAGAUAAAAUCAACCUUUAAGAAGGCCCAACACUAUUUGAUAAAGAAGAAAUUAUAACCUUCCGGCCCCAAACUCUUGGAACUAUCACAACCCCACACUGCUUCUUUGAUUUCAGAUUCAGAAAAAAGGGAGCUCUAGAGAAUUGGACUCCUCCUGAGAUAGAGAUUUGAAGCUGAUGUCUUCCAAUAGAGGGCGACUAUUGUCUUCUUUUUUGAAAGAUUCUGAAAAAAAACUCCUAGUCUCUUCCUUGACUUCCUCCACUGAUUCUAGCAGGCCAUUAGGAGACGGUAACAUUCCUAUGAAAUUCCUUCGUCUUCCUUCCUUCAAAAUUUUGUGAAAAAAUCCGUUGUUACCGUCUCCUUCAUUGUCCUAUUUCACUCUCAAUUUUUGAAGGAUCAUGUUUUCUUUAAUCCUCAAGUCAAGCCACAUCCGUAUAACGACAUCGCUACACUUUGCUAUAACUCCUUCAGUAUCUUCUUCCCUGCACAAAACCAGAAGAUUGUCUGCAUCAUUGAAUAUUUGAACUCCUUCAAUCUCCAAGUCCUAUUUUCCAAAGACCGAUUUGUUCCAUGAAGUGAGUUUAAGAUUCAGAAUCCUUAAUUUUUCUUUAAGGAUGUAAUAUCCUCUCCCUAUAACAUCAAUGCCCUUCCAUCCGGUCUCUACAAAAGCUAGAAAGUCCUUAUUUCCAAACUAUUCGUUGUUGACACGGUUCGGUUUAGGACCCCAAUUCAAUCCAUCUACGAUGAGCCAAAUAGGACAGUGGUCGGAUAUGUCCAUGUUGCCAAUCUUCUUCCCCGUGAUAUACAAGCUUUUAAUCAUAUUUGUAUACACAAGAAACCAAGUAACUAUUUUAAUUCAUCAUGGGUUUGGCGCAAGGCGUGUCACUUCUUCUAAAGUUUCAGACAGGACCAUCACUCGAAAGAUACGUGCUUGCACCUUAAGAUUAUUCAAAUUCCCAGUGGCUUCAAUAUGUUGUUAGCAGAUGAAGAUG